CAAUUCUGCGCUUCCUUCCCAAUUUCUCCAAUUUCUAAAUCAAGUGCACACCUGAAACAUUCCCUGUUGCUUCAUAAAUCCUUCAAAAAUACAUUCAGAGCGUGAAAUUUAGAAAUGGUGCGUUACUUUAAGAAUAAUCUGGGUGACUUUGUUUGUGGCAGGUCAGCCCAUGAAGUUGAAGGAGACAUUGAUAGGUCAUAUUGGAAGAAGAUCAUCAAAUCCACUGUUGACACGAUCCUGAAAGGACAGCCUCCACGGAAGCCUGGGAGUGGUGGUGAUGGAGGCCUGUAUGUGGGUGUAGCUGGGGUCGCUUACAUGUACUACUAUGUGGCUCAGUGUGAAGUGUUUAGCUCUGAAAGAUAUGAUUAUCUGAACACUGCUCGUGACUAUAUUGAAGUUGCUUUAGAAUCUGCUGUAGUAGAGAAGCAUGAUGAACAUUCCUUCCUACUUGGUGGAGCUGGAGCCUAUGCUGUGGGGAGCAUUAUAUUCAAAGCAUUGGGACAACAGGAUGUGGCGACUAAACUUGUGAAUGAUUAUGCACGGCUGGCCAAGAAGGUUGUGCCAUUGAACUUCCUUCGCUGUGGCUCGGAUGAACUAUUUGUCGGAAGAGCUGGUUAUCUCUGUGGUGCUUUAGCUCUGACCAGAACCCAUCAAACACAGGUUAUUGACAGCACUUCACUUCAUGAAAUCUGUGAAGCCAUGGUAACAUCUGGUCGUUCAGGGGCUGAUCACCAUCGUUACUCUACGCCAGAUCUGCCGUGUCCGUUGAUGUAUGCAUACUAUGAUACAGAAUAUUUGGGUGCAGCCCAUGGUUUAUCCGCCAUCCUUCAGAUGCUGCUACACUUCCCUGACUAUUACAAAUCAAACUAUAGCAUUGAAGAGUGUCUCCACCAAGCUGUCGACUUCAUGAUGGCAAUCCGAGGAAAAGAUGGCAAUAUCGCUCCUGCUAUGGACGAAGUUGGUGUGAUGAGACGUCAUGAGGAUGAAACGCUCAUCCAUUGGUGUCAUGGCGCUCCAGGUGUAGUGUACCUGUUUGCCAAAGCCUACCUAGUCUGGCAUGAGGAGAAAUACCUGGAUGCCUGCAAGCAGUGUGCUGAGGUCACAUGGAGGAAAGGUCUCCUCAAGAAGGGCCCUGGCAUCUGUCAUGGUGUCGCCGGGAGUGGAUAUGUCUUUCUUCUCCUCUACCGUCUUACACAUGAUCCAAAAUACCUACACAGAGCGGUCAGAUUUGCUGAGUUCAUGAUGACGGAUGAGUUUAAAGGUGGUGCACGGACACCAGAUUCCCCAUACAGUCUUUAUGAAGGUCUAGCUGGCACAGUGUGUUUCUUGACGGACUUGCUCGAGCCGCACAAGGCAGCUUUUCCAUUUUUUGACGUCUUCUAAGACCCAGUGUGGUAGUUGAUGUUUUAUGGGCCUUUUGUAAUAUCACAGCUUUAAAUUGAUCUGUGUUCAUUUGGUUUCAAAUAACAUGUAUUGUGUUGAAUAUACCGGUAGUGUAAGUUUUAUAGGUUAUGGUAUAUUGUUUCAAGUAUUGCAAGCCAGGCUUUUAGUGUGCCCUGCUCACUUACAUUAAGCAGAUCUUUAUUCAUGUUGAACACCAGUGAGAAAAAAUGUUAGACUGGUGCUAGUUUGCCAUUAUUGUAAUGUGCUCAAUUUCCUUUUCGUUCCUGACUGCUUUUGUUUGUUUAAGAGCUGUUAAUGUUUGUCUCUCAUUCAGAGGUCAAAGGUCAAGGCAGAGAAGUGUUAAUUCCAUGAAACUUUUGCUUCAAAUAAAUCCUAUGAAUUUGAAA